AUGAUCGAGUACACGGAACGAUUCUUUCGCGGGCUGGACCUAUGGUCAUUGGCGGUGGAUGAAGCAUUCCUAAACGUAACACGUUCCACCAGCACCAACGGUAACGAUUACUAUCUCUACACACUCUCAGCCGAGUGUGAUAAGUGCCCGUACACCAAAGUGCAACGGAUUUCGGCGGAGAAGAAACACACGGUGCUCAAAAUCGAUGCCACACGCCCUAUCGGAUUGCGGGUGCUUGAUCGUGACGUGGGAAAAUAUUCUUUCGAUAACGACACCGCACUGUGCCAAUUUAGCAACGCACAAUUGGGUGAAUUUGGUGUGUAUGAUCUAAGCAUCGCUCAAGAUGCUGGUAGCUGUAAGCUGGAGACGGCCAAAGAACCGGUCAACAUUUAUCUUCCUUUCGUUACGAUAGCGAUUAUCGCUUUGAUUGCAUUUGGAAUCGUUCGUUUGGCACGGUAUGGCUUGUACCGUUCUCGUAUGGGAGGCUUUCAGCAGCCUCCCUCACGCCCGGAAGAGGACGCUGGUGGUGGCGAUGCACCAACAUCAGCAGAUGAAAACGAUAAGCAAGAGACGGCCACAUCGGCACAGGUUACACCUAAGAAACGUUUGCAAAGUUUGGACACGUUCCGCGGGAUUGCGAUCAUGCUGAUGAUUUUCGUAAACAGUGGCGGUGGUCACUAUUGGUGGAUUGAGCACGCGACGUGGAAUGGGCUGCACGUGGCGGAUUUGGUUUUCCCAUGGUUUCUCUUUAUAAUGGGCGUAUGUGUGCCAAUUUCGCUACGUGGUCAGAUCAAUCGGAACGUUCCGCGGCGCAGGAUCCUUUCCAAUAUUGCUGUUCGCUCCGUAAAAUUGUUCGUAAUAGGACUUUGUCUAAACUCGAUGAACGGACCAAGUAUGGCGAAUCUUCGCAUCUUCGGUGUACUUCAAAGGUUCGGUAUUGCGUAUUUUGUCGUAUCGAUUGUGCACCUUUUCUGUCACGAGCAGACAGUUCCAUCGCAAAAUCGUCUUCUGCGUGCAAACGAGGACAUUUUUCGCCUUAAAAAGCAAUGGCUUGUUAUUGGACUGAUCACGUUCAUUUAUCUGCUGGUGAUCGUUUUCUUGCCAGCACCCGGUUGUCCAAGAGCUUACUUCGGACCGGGUGGGAAACAUCUGUUAAACGCCUAUCCAAACUGUACCGGUGGCAUUACGGGAUAUGUCGAUCGCUUUACCCUCGGAAUCGCUCACCUCUACCAACAUCCAACCGCACGCUACGUUUACGAAGCGAUGCCAUUCGAUCCGGAAGGUCCUUUCGGAUGUCUUCCGACCAUUCUGCAGGUUUUUUUAGGUCUUCAGUGUGGUUGCACGAUACUUGCAUUCACCGAACAUCGUCAGCGUAUUACCCGAUUUGCUAUCUGGUCCGUCGUGCUCGGACUCGGUGCAGGAAUAUUGUGUGGAUUCUCCAAAAAUGAUGGUUGGAUACCGGUAAACAAGAACCUCUGGUCAGUAUCGUACGUUUUGGCGACGGCUUCACUAGCGUAUCUGCUGUUACUGAUCUGUUACUAUGUGAUCGACGUGAAACGGACCUGGAGCGGUCGUCCAUUUGUUUAUGCCGGUAUGAAUGCGAUCGUGCUGUACGUGGGCCAUACCGUAUUCCACAAGAUGCUACCAUGGCACUGGCGUAUCGGUACGAUGAACACACAUUUGAUGCUCACACUCGAAGCGCUCUGGAACGCGGUGCUGUGGAAUGUGAUUGCGCUUUAUCUGUACAAGCGGAAGAUAUUUUAUAAUCUAUAAA